AUGGUGACAAGUGAAUACAACAAUCAUAGACAUCGAACAAUUGGUAUGAAGCCAAUUGAAGUGAAUGCAGAUACAAAUCUCAACGCUUAUACUCACAUAAAACUCUUUAACAGAACGCAUCGCUUCAAAGUGGGUGACGUUGUGCGCAUCAGCAAAUACAAGAGCAUCUUCGCAAAAGGGUAUACUCCCAACUGGUCUUGCGAGUUGUUUAAAAUUGCAAAAAUUCGCAUUACAAAUCCUGUUACUUAUCUACUUGAAGAUAUGAAAGGAAAUCCGGUUCUGGGUGGAUUCUACGAGCCCGAAUUACAGAAGGCAAAAGAUCCUGACAUAUAUUUGGUCGAGAAGAUCCUUAGACGCAAGAACAAUAAGGUGUACGUAAAGUGGUUGGGUUUAAAUGAAAAAUCUUGGAUUGAUAGAGAUAAUAUUGUCUCAUAG